AUGCCCGCCGUCAACAACUACACCGCUCCGCCCGCGGAUGAGAUUCCCAAGGACUACUACGGACCCGAUCCCUUCGACGUGAACUUUUGCUUCCCGGUAGAGAAGUUCUUCGACCAGCUCGAAUCGGAUCACGUCAAGCUCGUCCCCUUCGUACCUCGGGUUCAUGCUCUCCCAUUCACAGAAGCGAUCGCGGAGAAGCCUGAGACUAUGCAGUGGCUCCCGGUAGCGCCGACGACCCUCGAACAGUUCCUCCCAUUCUUCGAGCGUACCCUCCGUCGUGACUCCACACUCUGCACCUUUGCCAUCAUCGACAAACUGAGGCCUGAUCCUAAACACCCUGAUCUCGGCGGCGGACUCGCGGGCAUGAUGUCGCUGAUGGCAGCCAGUCCAGGGAACCUGUCGGUAGAGAUAGGUUGGAUUGUCAUCCUACCCAAAUACCAGCGGUCGUAUGUCCAAACGCAUGCGUCGUCGCUCCUCUUGAAGCUCGCGCUCGAGGUUGCUCCCAAGGGUCUCGGAUUGCGGCGUGUACAGUGGUGCACGCAUAGCAAGAACCAAACGAGCGUCAACGCAGCCGAACGAUUGGGGUUCAAGAUGGAAGGCGUCUUACGCUGGCUCAGGGCUUUGCCAGAGGGACUAGAAGGCAACGGUGUUCCAUUGCGUGAGGGCGACCCCAAGCCCAACAAUCCGGGGAGGCAUACGGUCCAGCUGUCACUCUGCUGGGAUGAUUGGGAGAAUGGUGGUCGCGAGCACAUUGAAAAGCUCAUGGCUCGGUGA